AUGGUUCGCCGGCGAAGUCGCGUCGUGCUCCUCGUCGCCGUCGCCAUCGUCUUCCUCCUCUACCGUGUCUUCCAGAACUCCGACUGGGACCCCGCGCGAGCGCCCACGUCUCCCAAGACCAACAUCCCCGCCGGCCACAGCCACCCAGUUGAGCACCCCUUCGAGGACGAGCACGAGCAAAACCCCAUCCCGCCCGCCGCCGCCGCUGAUCAGAAGGCCGACUCGAAACCUGCUGUUAUUCCUGAUGCCGACACGAACCCUCUCUUGACCCCCGGCGCCGGUGAUGCUGCUGCUGUCCCCGAGCCUGGCCCCAAGCCUGUUGGUCUCGCCUCGCCGCCUGCUGAUGACCCUCCUCGCGAUGAUCCCUUCAGGGACACGACCAAGACCGGCCCUGCUCUUCCUGAACCCGACACUGGCAAGCCCGAGAAGUCUGACCAGGUUCUCCACCCUGAAGACAUUCGCAUUCAGAAGCCUCCCAGCCGUCAGCCUCAGGUCACCGAUGCCACCGAUGCCGCCAAGACACAGAUCCAUUGGCACAAGCAGACCGAGCACUUCCCCGUGCCUACCGAGUCCAUUAUCCCUCUGCCCACCGGCAAGCCCAAGCCGUUCCCCAAGAUCCAGCAUGUCUUCACGCCCGAGACCGAGGCGGCUGCCGUCAAGGAAACGCGCCAGAAACGCCUCGCGCUUGUCAAGGCCGAAGCCAAGCGCUCCUGGGAUGGAUACCGCAAAUUUGCCUGGACUCACGACGAGCUGUCGCCCGUGAGCGAGCGCUUCCGCGACCCCUUCUGCGGAUGGGCUGCCACCUUGGUUGACGCCCUCGACACGCUGUGGAUCAUGGGUCUGAAGGACGAGUUCAAAGAAGCCGCCGAGGCCGUUGCCGAUAUUGACUUUACCUACAGCGACAAGCGCCGUGACAUACCCGUGUUUGAGACCAUUAUUCGCUACCUCGGUGGUCUGCUGGCCGCGUACGACGUGAGCGGCGGUCACGAUGGCGACUACCCUGUCUUGCUCAACAAGGCGACAGAGCUCGCCGAGAUCCUCAUGGGCGUCUUCGACACGCCCAACCGCAUGCCAAUCCUGUACUACAAUUGGAUGCCUGACUUUGCCUCGCAGCCUCAUCGCGCUGGCUCAGGCAGCAUUGCUGAGAUUGCGUCCAUGUCGAUGGAGUUCACGGAGCGUGGCACAUCCAUCCCUGGCAUCUUCCCCGAAAACCUGGACAUAUCGGGCUGCAACAAGACGGCUACGGCCGCGCGCAACGCACUUGCCGAGGAGAAGGCCGAAAUGAGAGCCAAGGAGGAGGCUGCCAAGCUGCAUCAACCCCAAGGUUACGUCCCGGGACAGGACAGCAUCACUGCCACUGACCCUGCGGCGGAGCCAGAGGAUGAUGAUGGGUCCGCUCUGCCCAAGGUCGUCGCCCCGGCCGCGAUCAAGCCUGCGGAUGACGCCCCGCCUGCUGAGAAAGAAUCUGCCGCAGGGAGCCAAACAGCUGCUCACGAAGAGCUUGCAGUGGGCGACGUACCGGCUUCCAAAUGGUCGAAGCCUGCUGGCGGAACGCCCAACGCCCCUGAGGACCCAGCUGUCGCUCGCCGUGCCCUCCGAGUGGAUCCAGCUGGCGAUGUCCAGGCAGAACUCGAUCCCAACCAGAAGGAAAAGAACUUCUUGACGCCCGACGACUUGCCAUCCUACCCGGGCUCGACCACCGGAGACGAGCGAUCGCAGGCGCCUAUCGCCGCUGACGGCAAGUUCGCCAGCUGGGACUGUAUAGAACAGGGUAUUGUGCCCAGUGGUUACGGUUACGAACAGUACAGCAUGGGUGGCAGCCCAGGACUCGGCUAUCUCGACCCAUCGGCAGAGUACCGUGAUAACAGCGUCAAGGAAUGGGAGGAAAAGCAGGCGCAGAAGAAAAUCAAGCAGGCCGCAAAGCCGGCCGAGGAUGACGAACAGGGUCAGCUGCGGGCUCAGCAGGAGGAGCGCAGAAAGGCCGAAGCCGCUGCGGCCGUCCUAGACGAGCCCCCGAUGGCACCUGCUCCUGGAAUUGAGGCCGGGGCGACCAAGGAGAUGUUCAACGACGACACGCCUCGCAGGCCUAUGCCUGUCGAUGAUGAAGUGAUGAUCCAGCCGAAUUUUGACGAUGAGGUGAAGCUCCCCGACUUUGAUGACAUCAAAGUUCCUGAGGUUGAGGCACCUGUGGUCGAGGCGCCCGUGGUCAAUAUUCCUGUAGAGGAAGUGCCUGUGGCGCCAGCUGGAGAUGCCCAUGAAGAACAUAUCCACGCCAAGAGGGCACCUCCCCCCGUGGAGGACCCGAGCAACCCAGGCACAAUAGACACGCUGGAACCCAAGCAAGUUCCCCCUACAGACAACACGCAGAAUGUUGCGGGUGGCGUCAUUGGGCAAAUACCCAUCGACGACACUACGGCCCUCACGCCCCCAGCAGCACCAGCGACGAUCCCGGAGCUGCCAGACCCCAAGCCUAUGAACCAUGAGGACCCCGAGGCCAUCGAGUCUGUCUGGUACAUGUAUCGCAUUACCGGCGAUCCUAUCUGGCAGGAAAAGGGCUGGCGUAUGUUCGAGGCCGUUGUCAAGGCCACGGCCACGUCCAUCGGCAACAGCGCCAUCGAGGAUGUGACAUCGACGCAGCCGACCAAGACCGACGAGAUGGAGAGUUUCUGGCUUGCUGAGACACUCAAGUACUUCUACCUGCUGUUCGCGGAUACCGAUGUCAUCAGUCUUGAUGACUGGGUGUUGAACACGGAGGCCCAUCCCUUCCGGAGGCCCAAGGAGUAG